AUGGCUCGAGUGUUACCGUGGCUAAUCGUUGCAGCCACCACCCUGCUGUUAGCAUCCAUCAAGAGCAACACAGCGUUGACGAUGGCAAGGCCUGGCUGCAGAGAAACAUGCGGCAACCUCACCAUUCCCUACCCCUUCGGCAUCGGUCCUGGAUGCUAUUACAAACAAGGGUUCGAUGUUUCCUGCGAGGACAACCGCACUUUCAUGCCUAAUUCAAGCAGCCGAAUACAGAUGUACAACAUCAACCUGCUAGGUGGGCAGGUUCAAGUCAGCACAUUGAUUGCCUCCAAGUGCAACUACACCAACGGUGAGAGCACAGAUGGAUGGGUCUCGGUAUUUACUACUCCAUUUUUCACAUUAUCCAGCAAGGCCAACAGGCUAACGGCCAUUGGAUGCAACACUGUUGCAUUCUUGGGAGGCUACAAUAAGCACAGGGCUCAAACCGGGUGUGUAUCUCUGUGCCUGGACAAGCGGAGCGUGGACUUCAGUGGCCAGUGCUCUGGCAUGGGCUGUUGCCAGACAGCCAUUGCACCAAACCUUGGUUCCUUAAACAUAACCUUCGAUAAGGGCUUCAACAAUUAUGUGGUAAAUGACUUUAACCCAUGCAGUUAUGCCUUCGUCGCGGAGCAGGAUUGGUUCAGGUUUGAGGCUUCUUACCUCCAGGAUAAAAAGUUAACAGACAAGUACAAGGAUGGAGUUCCUUCCGUGUUUGACUGGGUUGCUGGAAAUCAACCCUGUGAUGAAGCGGUCAAGAACAUAUCAUCAUAUGCCUGCAUCAGCAGGAACAGCCAGUGUUUCAACUCACCAAAUGCUACUGGGUACCUCUGUAGUUGCAGCGUUGGCUUCGAAGGGAACCCCUACCUGGCAGAUGGGUGCCAAGAUAUCGACGAAUGCCAACAUCCACUUCAGUAUCCGUGCUAUGGAAUUUGCAGUAACACAGUUGGGGGUUACAGUUGCUCCUGCGCAGCUGGGACUCGGAGCAAAGAUCCAAAGACUUCAGUCUGCAGUCCAGAUGCAGCAUCAGAAAGGGCUAAAUUAACAAAAUUGCUUAUAGGCUUAACAGUAGGCAGUGCUGGUUUUGGCCUACUGUUUUCGUUUCUCGGUGUUGCAAAAAUCACCAAUAAACUCAAGCAACAAAGAAUCAAGAAGCUGAGACGAACGAUUUUCAAGAGGAACCAUGGAUUGCUUCUCCAACAGUUAAUCUCAUCAAACAGAGACAUAGCUGAGAAUAUGAAGAUUUUCGGAUUACAAGAACUAGAGCAAGCAACCAAUAAAUUCGACCAGAAUCGCAUCCUUGGCGGUGGAGGACAUGGCAUAGUCUUUAAGGGCAUCUUAGCUGAUCAACGUAUUGUGGCCAUCAAGAAGUCUAAAAUUGCAGUUCAGAGGGAAAUUGAUCAAUUCAUAAAUGAAGUUGUCAUACUUUCACAAACUAAUCAUAGAAAUGUGGUGAAGCUCUUCGGUUGUUGCCUUGAGAGCGAAGUUCCUUUACUAGUUUAUGAGUUUGUAUCAAAUGGAACUCUGUCAUAUCAUCUCCAUGAGCAAAGUGAAAAUCUUUUGUCAUGGAAAGACAGACUGAGGAUUGCACUGGAAACUUCCAGGGCCAUUGCAUAUCUACAUAGUGCUGCUUCCAUAUUAGUGUUCCAUAGAGAUAUCAAGUCUACAAACAUACUGCUGACUGAUGCGUUAACAGCAAAGGUGUCAGAUUUUGGAGCUUCAAGGUCAAUUUCAAUAGAUGACACGGGAAUACUUACAGGCAUCCAAGGAACUCAUGGUUACCUUGAUCCUGAGUACUACUACACUAGUCGACUUACAGAAAAGAGUGAUGUUUAUAGCUUUGGUGUCAUCUUAGCGGAACUUCUAACAAGGGUUAAACCGGUUUUCUCAACUCCGUCAUCAGAAGUUACAAGCCUAGCUUCGCACUUUGUGUCAAUGAUGAGAGACAAUCGCUUAUGUGAUAUUCUAGAUCCUCAUAUUGUUGAAGAGGGAAAUACUGAAGACAUCAAGGUGGUUGCAGCGCUCACAAUAGCAUGCUUAAGCUUAAAAGGUGAAGAAAGGCCUACCAUGAGACAAGUCGAGAUAACGCUUGAAGAUCUGCAAGGAUCAAAGGUCCUCCCCAAUUCUCGGAUGACAAGUCAAAAUGCUAUACAAGAUGAGUCAUAUAACGGAAGUAAUGGCAGCGAAGGCACUAGACUAUACAGCUUGGAGAAAGAGUUCAUACAAUCAUCUGAAAUUCCAAGAUGA